AACUUGAAGGCUGAAGCCUAUUGUGUGGUGAAACGACUACAGUGAAUUUACUACAAUAUGUGGACACAAAACAGACACCACUCGAUACUCAUAUCUUCCCAAAUUUCUCAUUUAGAAUGAUCCUACCUUCUCCACCAUACUUUUAUUCAAAUCCCUUCUUCAUUCAUCCACAAUAAUCUCCACUUCUUCGACUUCUCUCAAUCUUUGCUUCUUUCUACAACAACCCUUCAUUUUCAAUCAACAAAACUACUUCAGAUUCUAAGUAAAGUCAGCAGCUUUCUGGUUAAUUCAUUAUCUUUCCACAUGAAUGUGAAGUGCGUAUUCAUUUAAAAUCCCAGAAAACGUGUUUUUCAGUGUUCGAUUGAACAUACACGAUUCUUUUUUCUUCCAUUUUCACAUAUCAUGUCUGCUGCCAUGAUAGGAGUGAUUUCCCCUAAUUCCGAGGUGUGUAGUGGAUUGGGUUUCUUGGAAACAACAAGGGUAGUAGAUCCAUUAAGAUUUUUAACGAAAGAAAAGGGGUUUUUUAGGGGUGAAAGAAUCAAGAAUGCUAGUAGGAAGCAUAAGUGUUAUUCUUACUUUGGUGAAUUGGGUUUUUUGGGUUCCAGAAAAUUCGAUAUGGUUUCAAGGGUGGUGGCUAACGCUUCUGGGGAUUUGGCGAUUUCAUCGGAACAAUUGGUUUACGAUGUCGUUUUGAAGCAAGCAGCUUUGGUUAAAGAACAAAUGAGAUCCAGAGAAGAUAUGGAGGUGAAACCAGAUAUUGUUCUUCCUGGAACACUUGGAGUAUUGAAUGAAGCUUAUGAUCGAUGUGGUGAAGUUUGCGCUGAGUAUGCCAAGACUUUUUAUUUAGGAACAUUGUUGAUGACACCCGAGAGGCGAAAAGCUAUAUGGGCGAUUUAUGUAUGGUGUAGAAGAACCGAUGAACUCGUCGAUGGGCCUAACGCAUCACACAUAACUCCAAAAGCAUUAGAUCGAUGGGAAUCAAGAUUAGAUGAUCUUUUCAAUGGACGCCCUUUUGAUAUGCUUGACGCUGCUUUAUCAGACACCGUUUCAAGGUUUCCUGUCGACAUUCAGCCUUUUAAGGAUAUGAUAGAUGGAAUGAGGAUGGAUCUGAAGAAAUCAAGAUACGAGAAUUUUGAUGAGCUUUAUUUGUAUUGUUAUUAUGUGGCUGGAACUGUUGGAUUGAUGAGUGUUCCAAUAAUGGGAAUCGAUCCUGAAUCUUUCGCAUCAACUGAGAGUGUUUAUAACGCUGCUUUGGCUUUAGGGAUUGCUAAUCAACUCACUAACAUUCUUAGAGAUGUUGGAGAAGAUGCAAGAAGAGGAAGAGUGUAUCUACCACAAGAUGAACUAGCAAAAGCAGGAUUAUCAGAUGAUGACAUAUUUGCUAUGAAAGUAACCGAUAAAUGGAGGAUUUUCAUGAAAAAACAGAUUAAAAGGGCAAGAACAUUCUUUGAUCAGGCGGAAGAAGGUGUUACACAGCUGAGCUCCGCUAGUAGAUGGCCUGUUUGGGCAUCACUACUAUUGUAUCGACAAAUCCUUGAUGAGAUUGAAGCGAAUGAUUAUAAUAACUUCACGAAAAGGGCGUAUGUAAGCAAACCGAAGAAGAUCAUUGCUUUGCCUGUUGCUUAUGCAAAAUCUCUUGUGCCACCGUCGUCAAGAAAGUUGGGUUCAAAUUAACAUCAUGUGAUUGGAGGGUAAAUUUGUAAUUUACUCUUAAUAUAUAUAGUUGUAGAAAAUGAGGAUGGUCAACAUCUGUAAAUCACAAAAUCUUUGUUGUAAUGCAUGACAUAUUUUAGAUCA